AUGGACCACGGCCUCUCAACCCGUGGCAGCGAAGCGGCCAGGCCAGACGAUGGCAUGCUUCUUUGGACCAUCGUCCAGAACCUCUGGGACCCAACAACGAAUCCGACAGGAUACAUCAGUCUCGGUAUUGCCGAGAACUCACUCAUGCACGAAAGACUAUCGGAGCACAUCCACAAGAACCUCGCGGUUCCGACGCACUCUUUCACAUACGGUGAUGGCAUGACGGGAUCCAAGCGAUUGAAGGCAUCUCUCGCACGCUUUCUUACGGGCCACCUCAAGCCUGUCACGGCCAUCCAGCCGGAACAUGUCUCUGUGACCAACGGCUGCAGUUCGGCAAUCGAACAUUUAGUUUGGGCGUUUGGAAACCCUGGGGACGGGUUUCUGCUUGGACAGCCCCACUAUGGCGCGUUCGUUCCGGACGUGGAGUAUCGGACGGGCUGCGAGCUUGUCCCGGUCCCUUUCCAAGAUAUUGACCCUCUUGGGGCCGGUGCCGCGCAAAAGUACGAGGACGCUUUGCUGGCUUCCCGGGCCAAGGGUGUCAAGAUUGCCGCGUUGAUCCUGUGUCACCCGCACAACCCACUCGGAAGGUGCUACCCACGGGAUGUUAUUCUGGAUCUGAUGCGGUUGUGCCAGAAGUACGACAUGCACCUCAUCAGUGACGAGAUCUAUGCGCUUUCCGUUUGGAAUAAUGACAUCGACACUCAACCUCCUCCAGUGGCGUUCGAGUCUUCCUUGUCGAUCGACACGACUGGAGUCAUGGACGCACACAGACUUCACGUUCUCUGGGGCAUGUCUAAAGAUUUUGGUGCUAACGGCAUCAGGCUCGGAGCCAUCAUAUCUCAGCACAACCCCUCUUUCCACAGAUCUUUGACACCGGUCGGCAUUUAUAGUUCCCCGUCCUCGAUCUCGGAUCAUAUUACUGCGAACAUCCUUGACGAUAGCGAGUGGGUCGACGGCUACAUUGCGGAGAACCAGAAGAAGCUUCAAGAGCACUACGAACUAGUUGUGGCCUGGGCGAAGCAGAACGGGAUUACGUAUGCGCAGGGAGCAAAUGCGGCGUUCUUUUUGUGGAUAGAUUUGGGAAAGACUUAUCUCGAGCGACAUCCAGAGAGAACGGUUGACGAUCUUAGCGGAGAGGUAAUGCGCGCGUUAUUGAGUAAGAAGGUGUUCAUUGCUUCCGGGAAGCAGUUUGGUUCUGAGAGACCUGGUUGGUUCAGGAUCGUCUUUUCCAAUAAGAAGGAUCUGUUGCUCGAGGGUCUGAAGCGCAUUGUCGAAGCGAUUGAAACGUAA